GACCAUCACUUCAAAUGUAUUGAGGUUUGACUGUUGUAACAUACUCUCUCUCUCUCUCAUAUAUGUCCACCUCACGACUUUUCAUUCUCUCACCUUCUUCUUCUUCAUUCGUGCCACAACAUGAAGAACAACCGAAGCGGUGGUGGCGUCAGAUCAUCAUCACCCAAACUCAUCAUCAUCUUCAGCCUCUUCAGUUUCAUAUGUGGCAUGCUCUUUACAAACAGGAUCUGGGUUCCACUUGAAUCCGAUGGAAGGAUCAUGAGACCAACCGAACAAGGGUUGAAACUUGUUGCUGAUGAUUGUGUAACAAAAAAGGAUCAUGAUGUACUCGGAGAAGUUCAUAAAACCCAAGAAGCUAUCAAGUCACUUGAAAGUUCAAUUUCAGAGCUGAGGUCGGAGCUCUCCAACAAUCAAAGUUCAUCCGAGGAAGUGACCCGUGAUGAUUUGCAUGCUCACAAGACAGAUGGAGACACGAGUGAGAGUAGAAAAAAGGUGUUUAUGGUUAUUGGGAUUAACACUGCUUUUAGUAGCAGAAGGCGACGAGAUUCGAUUAGAGAAACUUGGAUGCCUAGGGGUGAAAAACUACUUAAGCUUGAGAAGGAGAAGGGUAUUAUCGUCCGUUUUAUGAUUGGUCACAGCGCAAUAUCUAAGAGCAUUUUAGAUCGAGCGAUCGACUCUGAGGAAGCUCAACAUAAAGAUUUCUUUAGGCUUGAACAUGUUGAAGGGUACCAUGAGCUGACUUCUAAAACACGGAUAUUCUUUUCCUCGGCAUUCGCCAAAUGGGAUGCAAAGUUCUAUGUGAAGGUGGAUGAUGAUGUUCAUGUCAAUCUUGGCAUGUUAGCUACAACUCUUGGACGACGUCAGUCAAAACCGAGGGUGUAUACAGGAUGCAUGAAAUCCGGGCCCGUUCUUUCCCAGAAGAAUGUCAAAUACCAUGAACCUGAAUACUGGAAGUUUGGAGAGGAAGGAAAUAAGUAUUUUCGGCACGCAACCGGACAGAUUUAUGCAAUCUCAAAUGAUCUUGCUGCAUACAUCUCCACCAAUCAGCCCAUUUUGCACAAAUAUGCAAAUGAAGAUGUGUCACUUGGUGCUUGGUUUAUCGGUCUUGAUGUUGAGCACAUCGACGAUCGCAACAUGUGUUGUGGGACCCCUCCAGAUUGUGAAUGGAAGGCGGAAGCGGGUAACGUGUGCGUAGCGUCAUUUGAUUGGAGUUGCAGCGGCAUUUGUAGAUCAGUGGAAAGACUCAAAGAUGUUCACAAGAGAUGCAGUGAAGAUCCUGCUGCUCUUUGGAGUGCACAAUAUUGAAACGUGUCAAAUCUAUAAAUGCUGCGGAAAAUAGAUAAAAAUUUUUGGUGGGGUAUAGAGUAGAUUAGUGUUGUGUAAGAUAUUUACAAGCUGUAUACGUAUUGUGUUAAGUAAGUUUUAUGAAAUCACAGGAAAUUUGAGAACUUUGUCACUUUUUUUUUGUGGUUGAACAUAGGACAACCAUAAACAGAAUAAGAGUUAUAAUC